AUGGGCAGUUCAGAGGUGCAGCUGUUUGAGGAUGAAUUUCCACUUGUCCGAAGCUGUCCUCAAUUGAACGAACUUCGUAGUGCACAUGAGUUAACCGACCUCGUCAUUCAGGCAAGUCACUUCCUCUCAAUACAGAGUUUCAACGCUAACAGUUGAAGGAUGACAAGUUUCUGCAUGUGCACCGGAUUAUCUUAGCCUCUAGAGUCCCUUCCUUGCGUGCGACGAUGGCGAAGACGGCUUCAGAUCUUCAUUGGCCAACGGUCUCCAUUGAGUAUCACUGUUUCCUUUCCUAAUGGAUCUUUCUGAGGUCUGCAUCGUCACUCAUAGACUACCUGUACACAGGUCGGAUUGAAAUCAGUAAUGCCAAUGCGACCAACAUGAUUUUGUUGUCGAAACAGUUGUCACUUCCCUGUGUGGAAAAUUGGGCUGUUUAUUUUUUAUCUGUCAGGUAACAUGCCAUGUUGAUCUGUUCAGUGCCGAAGACUUCAGAAUGAUAACCUUUCGGAAUCAUGGAAUUUCGCGGAAGCCGUGAAUUGUGAGGGUCUUCGAGACGCUUGUGUGCACCACAUGAAAGCAUUUUUCGAGGCAGUUGUUGCUAGUGACCUUCUCCUUGAACUUCCUGCAGACGUGCUACUCUCCGUACUGCGAGACGAUGACUUGCAAGUGAGCAGUGAGGAGAAGGUUUUCGAAGCUAUCAAAAGAUGGGUCCGCCCAGCCGGCACUAUUGAUGAGGAGAGGAUAGUUCAUACUCCACAGAUGCUGAGGGAAGUUCGAUGGAGUCAAACGAAGCACCAUUUCAGGAGACGUUUAAUGGAGAGUGACGACCUUAUCGUCAGCAGCGUAGACUGCAUGUAUGCGAAAACUCGUUUGUUAUUCUUCCUCAACUGUCAGUCAGUGUGUAGGUCUUGCAGAUCAUUGGAUAGGAUAUUCGAUGUUAGGAACGCAGGAGGAAUGCCCCUUCAACGCUAGCCCUCGACCGGCAAGUCUUGCGGCGUCUAUUAUCGUCUUUGGGGAGUCGGCAGCUGAGAACCGGCGUUUGAUUUGUCAGUUCGAUUUGGAGGCAAACACUUGCGAGGAACUCGGCACCAUGGAAGGUCUUUGGGGCGCAAAAUUUGUGUCCUUUGGUGGUGAGCCCUUAUUUCUAUUUAUUUGUAGUGCAACUUUUAGCCGAGGCUGUUUGACAUGAACUGGAUAUCGCUUCAAACAUUUCGAUUCGUGGGAUCGUUUGUUCUUCAGUCUUGCGCGCUGCAUUAAUACUGCUGUUUGGGCGUACCGCUUGGCCUAUAUUUAUUUUUUAUUGUUGGAAUUUUUGUGACAGGUGGCGUUCUUUUAUGCCAACAUGCAAUUCGGAUGGUAGAGACAGCCUCGGAAUCCUAACUUGCCCACAUUUUCUGCCACAUUUAAUUAGUUUCUGCUUCGUUCUGCUUAGAAGUUCUGCAUGUGAUGCUGAGCGAUGGGAUUUGUUGAUUUUAUAUUUAGGAAUUAACGGUGGUAUCGAAUUUAUGUUAAUCCCGACAUCCACUACUUCCUGGUGCAUAUUUGCAGUAGACAUAAAUGAUAGUUCUCCCUGGUAGUGAGACGAAUUUAAUUCUCCUUAAACAUCGUUUAUUUACUUCGCGACAGAGAGCGUUUUUGUCAUUGGAGGCAGUGUUAACGAGGAAGGUUCCAGUUUACGUCGAGUACGUGAAUUCUGUACGAGAGAACGGCGGUGGCGGAGGCGAUCUGACCUGGAGAUUUGUCGCCGCGAUCACACCGCAACUGUUGUCGCAGUCAGCGAACACGAGGAGGACGCGUUGGUAUUUGUUUGCGGGGGCUGCUCUAGUUUGAACGGUGAUGUGAGCAUGGAACUCGGUUCAUGUGAAUUGUUCGAUUUGCGCAAUGACAGGCAAGUAGCUGUUUUCGCAUGUCUUAUGUCUGACAAAAAAUACCUCAGCUUAGACCGUUACUCGCCGUUUAGUUCCAUAAGUACGUCUGAACAUGAUAGAGUAGUGCGGGUGAGUUUGUGACAUCCUUAUCACCGUAAACAAGGAGACUGUGAAAUGGAAUCUUGACGGUUGGGGCUGCUACUUGCCCUUUGGGGCAGGCCGGCAGAGUACAGUCGAAGGGGAAGGGUCAAUGCCUAAUGGUUAAGAGUCGCAGUACGGGACAGUAACUUGAUUGGACAACACAUUUUCCCUAACAAAGUUUUCGACUGUUGAUAACCUCUUGCCGUUUUCGGAUUUUUUCGUCAUGCACCUAACGUUGCUGAUCUAAUGACCUCCAUUAUUGACCUAUUCCGCGCCGUUAAACUGGCCAUAUUGCCAGAAAUGACCCAAUAAUUAAAAAAAAUUAUGUAGUGCCCGGGUUCUUCAAUGGAUCGAAGUUCUAUUCUCCGUUGGCAUUGCAGACAAUAUAUUCCUCCUCGAUGUUGCCAACUGGUUCGCCUUUUCCUGAACUCAACUCUUGUUGUCGUCACUCAUUUCCAACAGCCAGCAAUAGAAAUAUAUUGUGGCACAAAAGUUUAUCAAUACCUCUGAAUGAAGUAACCUCCGAAAUGCUAGUUAAACAAGGAUCCACAAGAAAGAAAAGUGUUCAUUUCCGUUUGGGCUUUCCUUCUGCUGCAAUCUGCGAGUUCGCCCCAGCGUCCGCGUCUCUGUCACCUUCCAGAACGUGCACUAGCUCAAAACAAAACAAAAACGAAAAGACGGCCUUAUAUCUUCUUAAGACAAACAGGAUCCAGUUAGUCCCCCACAGUUGAUUUGCGGGAUUCCCACAAGUCGAACUUCGUAACUGGAACACUUUGUGACCAAUCCCAUUUUGGUAGUGAAUGAUGCUUACUUGAUCCACUAGAUAAUGUCUGUAACCAACGGCGAGCAUCAUAUUGAAGUCUGAAUUCCAUGCCGCUUUCCUUCCCAGAAAAAGCGUUUUAGCAUACAACGUAUGGGCUGAUCGACCGGGACCACAAACAGACGUCGAAAUCUGCCAAGUUUUAAUCAAACUGUCUUUCCUCUGCCUACGCGCCAGUUAGUUUGAGGUUCAGAACCUCCCACAACCGACCCUGACACGUGUGAAUUUAGAGGCCAGGAGGUGCCUCUGCUUGUUGUUGACUCGGUCUUCGAGUUGUUGGUAUAAAGCGUAAGGUUCAUAGAUGCAGCGCAAGUCGGCUUCAUUGUAAGCAACUCCUCACCCAUGUCACCACUACGACGUCUUUCCGUCGCUUUCGACGGGCUAACUGUCAACAAGCUACCGACGACCAUCACGGACUAGAACCAUUGUGUACGGUGUACUGAUGAGCUCCGACAAAGGGGAAGCAGCUGUCCGCGUCUGCCGUCCUUGUAUCCAAUUUGCCUACACUGGAACCGCUAUAGAUAGGAUUCGCGACUAGAAUGCUAUUUUCGCCAGAGAAGGAACAUAAGCUCUCUAGAACAGCUUUGUCUGCGGGUUGGCGUUCUAGACAGCAGGGCGGACCAACUCGAAAAGUUGUUCGAUGUACCUGCGACACAGGCUUUUGACGGUGUAUAGCCCACCCGGCUGUUUGAAGCAUGGGCCAGCCAAUAAAGUUGUUCGAACGACAUGCUUUUGCGUCCCGGACUGUCUCACUCGUCAUAAUGUUGUUUACCAGCCUAGUCAACCGUCUUUGGUUCUUCCUAGGUGGCACCAACUUCCCAAAAUGCGGGAAAAGAGAGAUGCACCUGCAGCCGUCGCGCUUUCUGACGGACGUGUUUUCGUGUUCGGCGGCUGGAACGGCGAACUCUGUCUUGCCUCCGUCGAAUUCUGCUGCCUUCAAGCUGACUGGUCCAACACUAUUGAGACGGCCAGGACAGAGGAUUUCUGGCGGCCCCUUGCGCCGAUGAGAGCGCCGCGCUACGCUCAUGCAGCGGUGGCCUUCAAGGGAAAGAUAAUCGUGGCUGGAGGUUUAGCCGUAGACGAGGACGACAGUCACAAUGAACAGAGUGUUGUGGAGAUAUUUUCCCCGCCGGACGCUGAAUGCCCACUCGGCGAGUGGACGCGGGUUGUGGAUCUGCUCGUACCCCGGUCCUAUUUUUCCCUGCUGGUGUACAAAGGCAGACUUUACGCCUUGGGUUAGCAUUUCCCUGGCUGCCACCUUACUUUUGUUGACACCUUUCAGUCAAUAAUAUUUUAGUUCUGUUCAAGGAAUUAGGUGUGAAACACGUCUUUACCUUCUCAGAAGGCGUUUGGAUUGCCACUACUCGUCCUAUGUUGAUUCUACAAUUGGUCUUCUUUUUGGUACAACCUCAAAGUCAGUCUCAUUUAAACUAACUGGACUGUUUGCGUAACCACAUCGGUGAACAUGCUAGUGUUUCCACACCUAACUCUGCGUCUUUAUGUUUCCACUAGGAGACGGAAAUACGAUCGAGAAAUUCGCCCCGGAGGAUCCGCCGGCUACAGCCGACGACCUGUCCUCCUGGUCUUGGGCCGAACUGGAGCCCCUAAACGAUCUGGAUUCUAUCGACGGAGCGGUGGUUAUUUAA